GGCGGUGCGGGCGGCCCCGCGCGGCCCAGCCAGUGGCGUUCCGCGCUGAGCGCCGCUCCCUCCUCCCGGCCGCCCGCCGCGCCCCGCCCCUGCCCGCCCUCCCCGCAGGACUGCGCGCCCGGAGCCCCGAUCCGCGUCCCCGCCGCCGGGAGGAGGUGCCCGCACGCUCGCGGCGCGCGCCGGCCGCCAGACUCGGCCUGUGGGCGAUUUCCUCCGGACCCAGGCUCCCGCCCGAGGAGGAAGAUGCAGACCUUUCUGAAAGGGAAGAGGGUUGGCUACUGGCUGAGCGAGAAGAAAAUCAAGAAGCUCAAUUUCCAGGCCUUCGCCGAGCUGUGCAGGAAGCGAGGGAUAGAAGUUGUGCAGCUGAACCUCAGCCGGCCCAUCGAGGAGCAGGGCCCCCUGGACGUCAUCAUCCACAAGCUGACCGAUGUCAUCCUUGAAGCCGACCAGAACGACAGCCAGUCCCUGGAGCUGGUGCACAGGUUCCAGGAAUACAUCGAUGCCCACCCCGAGACCAUUGUCCUGGACCCCCUCCCUGCCAUCAGGACCCUGCUUGACCGCUCCAAGUCCUACGAGCUCAUCCGGAAGAUUGAGGCCUACAUGGAAGACGACAGGAUCUGCUCCCCGCCCUUCAUGGAGCUCACGAGCCUCUGUGGGGACGACACCAUGCGGCUGCUGGAGAAGAACGGCCUGGCCUUCCCGUUCAUUUGCAAAACCAGAGUGGCUCAUGGCACCAACUCUCACGAGAUGGCCAUCGUGUUCAACCAGGAGGGCCUGAGCGCCAUCCAGCCCCCCUGCGUGGUCCAGAAUUUCAUCAACCACAACGCUGUCCUGUACAAGGUGUUUGUGGUCGGCGAGUCCUACACCGUGGUCCAGAGGCCCUCGCUCAAGAACUUCUCCGCGGGCACGUCAGACCGUGAGUCCAUCUUCUUCAACAGCCACAACGUGUCAAAGCCGGAGUCGUCAUCCGUCCUGACCGAGCUGGACAAGAUCGAGGGUGUGUUCGAGCGGCCGAGCGACGAGGUCAUCCGGGAGCUCUCCCGGGCCCUGCGGCAGGCGCUGGGCGUGUCGCUCUUCGGGAUCGACAUCAUCAUCAACAACCAGACGGGGCAGCACGCUGUCAUCGACAUCAACGCCUUUCCAGGCUACGAGGGCGUGAGCGAGUUCUUCACUGACCUGCUGAACCACAUCGCAACCAUCCUGCAGGGCCAGAGCGCAGCCACGGCAGCCGCGGGGGACGUGGCCCCACCGAGGCACAGCAAGGCCCUGGCCGGCGAGCGGACGUGCAGCGCCAGCCCCGGCUGCUGCGGCAGCACGACGGGCGAGGAGGCGCCUUGGAAGGCCGAGGCCGACGCGGGUGGCACCGCCAAGCUGCCGCACCAGAGACUCGGCUGCACGGCGGGCAUGUCGCCCAGCUUCCAGCAGCACUGCGUGGCCUCGCUGGCCACCAAGGCCUCCUCCCAGUAGCCGCGGAGCCAGGACCCAGAGGGGCGGCGCGGGGCGCGGAGCACACCCGCUGGGCAAGCAGCUACUGCUAAGAAUUCCCAAUGAUCUGAUUCUUUUUCCUAAUUUUUAACCUGAUUUUCUGAGGUCGUGAUCUAAAUGAGGGGUGGGGGAAGGUGGAGAAGGACACCAGGUGGUCCAGCCUUGCAGAAAAGGGGCAUCCCGGCCGAGUCCUGCUGCGCAGAUCCUCACUGAGUGUGCACACUCGUGUUCUCGACAUAGGUCUGAAUGUGGGGGUUCCUGUGUGCGUGUGGUUGCCGUGCAAGUGCGUGUGCACGUCCGUGUCUGUAGGUCUCCGUGGCCGCUGGGGACCAGGCCUCUGGGGGCCCUGCAGGGGGCCCGGCCAGGCUGUUGUGACUGAGGAGAGCAGCGCGAGUGGGCGGUUCCCCCAGGACUCCUGCACCCAGACUCGCCCCUUCCUUGUGUCCCUCCAGCUGGUCCCCUGCUCUGUGAGCCCCGCCAGGUGUGCAGCCCGCCCUCCCUCCCGAGAGCCUGCGGAGGCGCCAGGCCCCUGGGGGAGCUGGCAGGGACGUGCUGCAGCUGCUGUGACAGGGAGAGGAGCUUCCGUGGGCCGAGGCCAAGGCCUGGCUCUUGCCACUCUUCACGCCCCAGCGCACCCUGCACAGGGGCCUCCUGUCCCCGGCCCAGUGCCGCCGCACCCCCAAACCCAGAAAGGAGGCUGCGUGGGGCCUGGGCUGAUUCCAAGCCUGUGCCAAGGAUUUGUGCUGUGAUUUGGGGCAAAUCAUUCCGAAAGUCUUCUGGCCUUCAUCUCCUGUCACUAGUGGGCAUUCGGGCUCCAGGAACCCUGAAGUGCUCUGACCCUGGGCUGCACCCUGCUCCUCCGUGAGGUCAUCCAGUGAGGACAGGCGCGGGAGCCUCUGCUUGGCGCUGUAGGGAUUGGGGGCCUCUUUCCUGGCAGGGGAGGCCACCCCUACGUUCACUCCUGUUCACACUGGCCGGUCUCCCCUCCCCAGCAGGCCCCGAGCUCUGAGCCAGCCAGGUGCCAGGGGGCCACCCCUCCCACACCGUGGGCUCUCCUGUCACCAUGGCAGCAAAGCCCCGGCUCUCCUGUCUGACCCCGAGUUUUGGGCGGGCCAGCAGCCCCCUCUGCGGAGAGCCAAAGAUGAGGGACGCUGGGGACACUGGGUGCAGUGCAUAGGGCCCCUUGAGGAUGGUUUUGAGUCUUAAGAUACCAGUUCACUUUGAAAAAGAAAAGAGCUGCUGGGCUGUCUUCUGUCGCCCAGUGAGACAGGACACGGGGGAGAGAACUGUGUCCCGAGAGAGGCUGCGGAGCGGGGCCUGGCUGAGCGGGGCAUGGGUUGCCCUUUGAGAAAGGAGGGCUGGGCCUGGGUGCGGGCAGGGCCAUCAGAGCUGCCCAGCUCUUUUGGAAACCGGGGGCCGGACGACUAACCAUGUCUACACGACUCGAGUGUUGAACCCCGACUGAUGUCUGCGCCGCCUGUCCUAGUUCCGAGCCCGGCCCAGGGGGCGGGAGAGCUCGGCCGGCCUCGCACUGCUUUGUCUCCAAAUAAACUACUGAAUCAAACUGCA